AUGAACGGGAACGCCGAGAUACAGCAUUCUCUAUACGAUGCCAACAGCGGUGGUGUCUCUUUCCAGAAAUUGACAAAACACGAAAUUGCAAGCAAGUAUUGCCUAAGUACGCGAGAUCUGCGCUCCAUUGAUUUACCAUCCAUUGGAUUCCCACAUAUUCUGAUCCGACAGAAUACAAUUUUAAUCCACAUGUUCAGCCUGCGACUACUGGUGCAGGCUGAUCAGGUGCUGAUGUUUCAUGUCGAGGGAUCAGUCGAUCUUGAAGAAGCCAAUCAGUGGCGAGUUUUCAACCAUGAUAUCGAAGGGAAGUUGCGUGGGAACCAUGGAUCGGGCAUAUCAGCGAUCCUGCCGUUCGAACUACGUGUUCUAGAAGCCGCGCUUUCGUCGACAACCUCCACAAUUGAAGCAGAGUACUUGCUAGCAAACGAGCAAAUCUCCGAAGCUCUGCGUCUGUUGGAUUUGCAAAUGCACGGCGACGAGGAAAGCCUUAUACACGUUGAACUUCGGACGCUCCUCGAUCUUGUCCAGGUCCUCUCGGGCAUUGAACAGCGCGCUCGCCUUGUUCGUAAUGCGGUACAAGAGGUGCUGAACGACGAUGACGACAUGGCAGCGAUGUACCUCAGCGAUAAACGAGCAGGAAACCCACAUACGUCUGAUGAUCAUCAAGAUGUUGAAUACUUACUAGAGGCGUACUUCAAGACAAGCGAUGCCGUUGUCCAGAAAGCAAAAAGCCUGCUAGGCAAGAUUCAGCGCAAAGAAGAAAACAUUCAAUCGAUCCUGAAUGUGCGACGCAACCAGAUCAUGGUCUUGGAAACGAAGAUUGAGAUUGUCAUGGUUGGCCUGGGGUCAGCGACACUUGUGGCGGGAUUCUACGGCAUGAACGUGAUAAAUUACUUGGAAGAGAGUGCGUGGGCAUUCGGUGUUCUGACCUCGCUUUGUUUGGUUGGCACCGCGAUUAUUUGGCGCUAUGGACUACGGCAGUUGCGGCAGAUCCAAAGAGUCCAGAUAUAA